UCGCCAACUCUGCGCUGUCGUAAUUGUUGAUUUUUUAAUAAAUCAUUUCUGUCAUCGGUACUACGAAUUGUUUGUGCCUCACCAGUUUGUUAUAAAACCGCAACCAACGUUGCACGUGAUAGCCGAGAUACAAUUGGCGAAACUGCAAGAGAUAACCUCAAUCGCCGCAGGUACAACGUAGAAAAACAGUAAAUAUAAACAACAUUUGGGCGUGUUUUCCACCCUCGCGUCGUCCAAAAUGGCUCACACGAUUCUCCUGGUGCAACCGGGGGCUAACCCCGAGACCCGCACCUACAGCGACUACGAAUCGGUGAACGAGUGCAUGGAGGGCGUGUGCCGCAUCUACGAGGAACACCUGAAACGUCGCAACCCCAACACGCCCACCAUCACCUACGACAUCACCCAGCUGUUCGAUUUCGUUGAUCAGUUGAGCGAUCUGAGCUGUCUCGUUUACCAGAAGUCGACGAACACUUACGCACCGUACAACAAGGACUGGAUCAAGGAGAAGAUCUACAUACUGCUGAGGCAGGCUGCUGGGCAUGCAGAAAUGAAUAGUUUUUAACGAAUGGACAAAUGUUUUUUUUUAUUAUUUUUUAUUGUAUUAUUAAGAUAGGCUCGGACCCUGACAAAUAAAUUUUGUUUUAGUUAAAAGUGACUGUAUUUAUUUUUGAAAUGUUUGAUGGAUCUUUUAUCACAGUAUUUUACAAUUAAGGUUUAGGUUUAAGGAGUUUUGUGAUUCACUGCCUCAAAUACCAUAAAACUUUCACCAUUUGUUAUGAAAUAACUGCAAUAAUCCGUAUAAUUGCACAAUGAAUAUUUUUGGAAGUUGCUAAUAAAGAUAUUUAAGCAUAA